AUGAGGAGGGAGACAAUUGUCUCCAAGGCAAAAAAAGCAAACAUUAAGAUUAAGGAUAAACCAAUUUCAAACAGCAGCCCAUGGGAUGAGAAAUACCCUCUAAGGGAGCCUAGCGGGAAGAAGGCUAAUGCUCGUCUUGGAGAAGUAAGAAUGAGACCUAUAUCAUCUAAGAGUAACGCUAUGGUGGUUUCACUACCGAGGAAGAAGGAGAAGAUAGAAAAGAUUGUCUCCCAUCAUAUCAGUAAAGCGCUUGAAAGAGAAGAUGAAAUAAAGAAGUUAACCAUUGAUCAGCAAAUUCAAUUUUGGAGGAAUACGGCUAAAUUAAAUUGGAAAUUGUUCCAUGCCACAAAGCAUAGUAAGCGACUUCAAUGGGAUGCUUGCUCUAAGGAGAUACAUAGGCUGAAUAGCAAAUUGGAGAAGUACGAAGGAACUGCUGACCUGGUUGAUCCCGAUGACCUGAAGAAAAACAUGGAGGCUAUUAUGUCCAAGAGGAAAGGUAGUGUUGAUAGCACUGUCAAGGAUGAUGAUAUCGAUUGCUUCAAUUAUGAUUAUGUGUGCAAUAUUGUAGAUAAAGUUGACCAAGACGAGGAUGAAGAGAAGGGAGGGGAAGAUAAAGAGGAAGAUAUGGAAGAGAGAGGGCUGGAGCAGAAAGAGGAAGAUAAAGAGGAGGACAAGAAAGAAGAAGAUAGAGAGGAGGAGCUGUUUGAGGAAGAUAAAGAGCAGGAGAAGAAAGAGGAAGAUACAGAUAUAGAUGAGAAUGAGGAAGAUAGAGAGGAGUACUUUGAAGAGGAAGAUAGUGAGCAGGAGAUGAAAGUAGAUGAGAAAGAGGAAGAGAUAGAGCAGGACAUGAUUAAGGAAGAGAAGGAAGAAGAGAAGAGAAGUGUAGAGAAGUGGUCGAGAUGA